ACCACCAACCAACUAUAACAGACAAAACCUAAACGAGAACACAGAGGCAGGGAGUAGAAAACAACAUAACGGGCCAAGGCAGGACUGAAAUUAGGAUUAGACGGAACACCAGACAAUUACAGAAUAAGACCGGAACUAAGGCAAGCACAGAUCAAAACCAAAAGACCGGCAACAGUAAAUAAACUAACGCUGUGCAGACUGAACACAAGACAGGACUAAACAACAAAACACAACAGACCUUAAUGACAGACGCAGAACUGACAAAUAAACUCAGAGAACUCAGGACAGGAUUGUGACAGUUAAGGCAUAGAUAAUAAAUAAAUACUACUGUGUUGUUGCAUGCAUUUGUGGUCAAAUCUGAUUCUUUUUGUCUUCACAUAGUACUUAAGUCAAGUACUCUUUCUACCUGUGACUGCACUUUGUGUUUGUUCUCUUUCACUUCCUCUAUCAAAGAUCUUUCUGAGCAACGGAUCAACUAACUUUUUAUUUUAACUGCUCUGCAGACAAUGGAAAAACAGCUCCAUUGCACCAUCUGUAAGCAAGUGUUCACCAACCCGGUCACCACUCCCUGCGGGCACAACUUCUGCCAGGCCUGCAUCCAGAAUGUGUGGGGCAGCAGUGCAGUCUGCCAGUGCCCCACCUGUAACAAAUCAUUCAGCCCCCGGCCUGAAAUAAGCAUCAACACAGACUUCAAAGAGCUGGCAGACACAUUUAGGAAGAUCAUAGUCUGUUCUUCGGCUUCACUGUUUGCUGCCAAGCCGGGCGAGGUGGAGUGUGAUGUUUGCGCUGCGACGUUGCUGCAAGUAAAGGCCCUGAAGUCCUGUCUGGUCUGUCUGACCUCGUACUGUGAAGCCCACCUGGAGCCUCACCAGAGUGUCGCCACCUUGAAGCUCCACAAGCUGAUCGAGCCGGUGAACAACCUGCAGGACAGGAUGUGUAAGAAGCACGAGAGGCUGCUGGAGAUGUUUUGCAAGGAUGAAGAGAGGUUUGUGUGCCAGUUCUGCACAGAGACCGAGCACAAAGAUCAUCAGGCUGUUUCAAUAGAGGACGAGAGUGGCGAGAGGAAGAUGCAAAUGAAGAAGACUAAGGCAGAUUUUCUGCAGAUGAUCCAGGAACGUCUGAGCAAAGUGGAGGAGAUCAAAAGCUGUCUGAAGCUCUGCAUGAUAAGUGCGGAGAAGGAGAUGAAGGAGAGUGACAGCAUCUUUAUGUCUAUGAUUCGCUCCAUUGAGGAGAGACAAACUGAAGUCAACACAGAGAUCAGUGAGAAGCAGAAAGCAGCAGAGAGGAGGGCAGAAGAGCUCAUCAACGAGCUGCAGCAGGAAGUCACUGAUCUGCAGAGGAGGAUCACUGAGCUGGAGGAGCUGAGGAGCACUGAGGAUCACCUGUACCUCUUACAGAGGUCUCCCUCUCUUAUGUCUCCUCCUCCCACCAGAGAGUGGAUGGAGAUCAGUGUCCACCCUGAACUCUGUGUGGGGACAGUGAGGAGAGCACUGUCUAAACUGGACGACACCCUGAAGAAAGAACUACAGAGUCUGAAGAAAGAAGAGAUGAAGAAGAUGCAGAAAUAUGCCGUUGAUGUGGUUUUAGACCCAGACACUGCCCAUCCAAACCUCGUCCUUUCAGCUGACGGCAAACAGGCGGGCCGUGGUGAGCCUCUGCACAUUGUGCCUGACAACCCCCAACGUUUUGACCCCGUCAUCUGCGUUAUGAGCAAGAGAGGCUUCUUGUCCGGCAGGUUCUACUUCCAGGUUGCAGUGGGGACAAAGACCUUCUGGGAUCUGGGCGUGGUCAAAGAGUCUGUCAACAGGAAGGGGAUGAUCACCUCCAAGCCAGAGAACGGCUAUUGGACAAUGCGGCUGAGGAGCGGUGACGAGUAUCGCGCCUUGGACUCCCCCUCAGUCCGUCUUUCUCUCAAGGAAAAGCCGCAGAUUGUCGGGGUGUUUACAGAUUAUGAGGAGGGGACCGUGUCGUUCUUUAACGCGGAGGCCGGGUCUCAUAUCUACACCUUCACCGGGUGUUUGUUUUCAGAGAGGAUCUUCCCCUUCUUCAGCCCGGGCAUUUGCGAUGAAGGGAAGAAUAUGGCACCUUUGGUUAUCACAGCUGUUAAUAAUGACACAUAAACUUGAGGAAGAGCCUUUGACUGCGUUGUGAUGCUGCAAGAAAGAUUUUGAAGUCUUGUUUUCUCUCUCUGAGUUUCUACUGUACAUACACCAGCGUGUUUCAAAUAUUGCAACAUUUCACAUCCUUAAUACUUGGCAUUACGGCCUUGAAGCUUUUAGCCCUAAAAGAAAACAAUCAACAGUUGCUGAAGAUUUUGUAUUAAACUGUAGUGUCUGCAUCGUACAUGGUGAGAGUGAUGUACAUUAAUAAAUAUUUUCCAGUUUCCAGUGAAUUAUAGUUAUAGGAAAUACAGAAGCGGUAAUGGAUGAGGGUUCAGUAGUGAGGGAAUCCACAUUCAAUAUGAAGUACAGCUCACAACAGACAAAACAUCACACUAACAGACAACAUCUUGAAACCGGAAACACAGACAACCACAAUCAGAACACUAAAACUUCACCAGCUGCUUAAAUAAUAUAAACUUCUCCCUGAAGUAUUUUACUAUAGAUGAUAGGCCUAUAGUCCUCAUAGUGACAUCAGUAAAGAUUUUAACCAAUAUCUAUUUUCUUGUUCUUGUUGUCUCUGAAAAUAUACUAUCAUGAUAUGCACCUUGUUUAAUUUUAAUAUGGUAUACAGCCAUUUUUAAUGUUAUGCAGCAUGUACACCACAAUGCUAAAUGCCAAUCUUCAAUAAAUCAUCAAACUGGUUCAAGAUUA